UGCAAUAGGCCGAGAUGCCUGCCCAUCUGCUCCAGGCCCCGCCCACGCUGGGUGGGACUUACAGGGCCGGUUUGCUACGCGGCUGCGGGAUGCCCCCGCGUUGACCGUCCGGGCCCGCGCCUGUCCGCGCUAAUGCGGCCGACCCCGCACCACCAUGUAAGCGGCACCUGCAGGUGGAUGCUGGCUUCUCCGCCCGGGACCCCUGCGUCCUGCCUCGGGCCCCGGGCCCCUCGAUGACCUCAGAACACACCAUGCUGACUGGGGUGACAGAUGGCUUUUUCUGCUGCCUGCUGGGGACUCCCCCUAACGCCGUGCGACCGCUGGAGAGUGUCGAGUCCAGUGACGGCUACACAUUCGUGGAGGUCAAGCCAGGCCGGGUGCUGCGGGUAAAGCAUGCAGGGCCCGCACCCAUCCCCACGCCGCCACCACCACCUCCUGAAGAUGAUCCAGGGGUCAAGACGGGCCUUGUGCGCUGCCAGCGCCGUAUCACAGUGUACCGCAACGGGAGGCUGGUGGUGGAGAACCUGGGCCGAGCGCCUCGUGCCGACCUGCAAGGCCGCAGUGGCUCCGGGGACCCGCCUGCUGCACUCGAGGUCGAGCUGGCUGAGCCCGCAGGAGGAGACACCCGGGCCAACCCAGGCAGCGGGCGGCGGCGCCGCCCACGGCGUCCGAAGAGGACCAUCCACAUCGACUGUGAGCAGCGCAUCACCAGCUGCAAGGGUGCGCAGGCUGAUGUGGUGCUGUUCUUCAUCCACGGAGUCGGUGGCUCACUCGCCAUCUGGAAGGAGCAGCUAGACUUCUUUGUGCGACUCGGCUAUGAGGUGGUGGCACCUGACCUGGCAGGCCAUGGAGCCAGCUCUGCGCCGCAGGUGGCAGCUGCCUACACCUUUUACGCAUUGGCAGAGGAUAUGAGGGCCAUCUUCACACGCUAUGCCAAGAAGCGCAAUGUGCUCAUCGGCCAUUCUUACGGUGUCUCCUUCUGUACUUUCCUGGCCCAUGAGUACCCAGAUCUUGUACACAAAGUGAUCAUGAUUAACGGUGGGGGCCCCACGGCACUGGAACCCAGCCUCUGCUCCAUCUUCAACAUGCCCACAUGUGUCCUGCACUGCCUGUCACCUUGCCUGGCCUGGAGUUUCCUCAAGGCCGGCUUUGCCCGCCAAGGGGCCAAAGAAAAGCAGCUGCUGAAGGAGGGCAAUGCGUUCAAUGUGUCCUCCUUCGUGUUGCGGGCCAUGAUGAGCGGCCAGUAUUGGCCUGAAGGCGACGAGGUCUACCACGCGGAGCUGACGGUUCCCGUGCUGCUGGUGCACGGCAUGCACGACAAAUUUGUGCCAGUGGAAGAGGACCAACGCAUGGCUGAGAUCCUGCUGCUGGCCUUUCUCAAGCUCAUCGAGGAAGGCAGCCACAUGGUGAUGCUGGAGUGUCCUGAAACGGUCAACACACUGUUACACGAGUUCCUGCUGUGGGAGCCAGAACCCGAGGCCGAGCCAAAGCUCGAGCCAAAGCCCAAGCCACAGCUGCUGCAGCCAGAGCCGGCUCCAGGGGAGGAGAAGUGACCAGCGGCCGCCUGGACUCCUGGAUCUUGAGUAGUAGAGGCUCUUAGACUGGGCGUGGGCUGGCUGGGCGGGGCCUCAUGCCGAUGGGCGGGGCCUGGGCAUGCCCCAGAGCGAACCAGGCACAGUCAGUGUUGGAGACUCAGUGCCCAGGGCAGCUACGGUGCCCUUUCCACGCGUGACCGAAGGGUGUGACCUUGUACAGAGCCCCCUCCCUGCCUCCCUGAGUCCCUGAAGCUGCAGCGCGCGGGCUGCCACCCCACUCGGUCUUCCCCUCCGCUGUGCUCCAUUCCGCACCGGGAAGCCCUAAGGAGAACCCUGGGGAGGGGCUCCUAUCCUGUCCUGGGAGACCCCACCGCGCCAUCCCCAUUGCUUGGGACUGGGAGCUAGGCACCCAAGGAGGGAGGGGUCGGAGCCACAAAUCCCCGCAUAUGGCAACUUGUAAGUCAAUAAAAUAAAAUAAAAUAAAAUAAAAGACAAUCCAAA